AUGCUCACUGCGGCUCUCCUCCUGGGCUCCACCCUAGCCCUUCCAGCCGAGUUCGGCCUAACCGAACGUCAAGACAAUUGCACGGUGGCGUCUACAUUUGCGGCCGUCGACGUCCCCAAGCUCAACGACCCGUUCACUUUCUACGAUGGGCGCAAGGUGGCCACCAAGGCGGACUUCACCUGCCGCCAGCAGGAAAUCAGCAAGAUCCUGCAGCAGUACGAGCUGGGCGAUUUUCCUGGACCCCCCGAUAAGGUCGAAGCCUCCAUGUCGGGCAGCACCCUCAACGUCAAGGUCACGGUGGGCACCAAAUCCGUCACCAUCAGCGCCGCCAUCCGGAAGGGCAGCACCAGCCCCGGCCCGGCCAUCAUCACUGUUGGCGGUGCUUCGCUUCCCAUUCCCGGCACCGUCAGCACCGUUGCUUUUGGGAACGACGCCUUCGCUUCGCAAGCCAGUGGCUCGUCUCGUGGUCAGGGCGCCUUCUACACCCUCUUCGGAAACACCCACUCGGCCGGCGCACUCACUGCCUGGGCCUGGGGUGUCGGCCGCAUCAUCGACGGGCUGGAACAGCUCGGCGCCGCCACCACGGGCAUCGACCCCAAGCGUCUUGGUGUUACUGGCUGUUCUCGCAACGGCAAGGGAGCUUUCGUCGUAGGCGCCCUCAACGACCGCAUCGCCCUGACUCUGCCGCAGGAGUCCGGGUCCGGCGGAGCAGCCUGCUGGCGCAUCUCGGACCAACAGAAGAACGCAGGGGCAAAUAUCCAAACAGCGGGUGAGAUCGUGGGCGAGAAUGUCUGGUUCAGCAGUCGGUUCAACUCAUACACGAGCAAGAUUACUACCAUGCCUGAGGAUCACCAUCUGCUGGCCGGGUUGGUGGCGCCCAGGGGGCUGUUUGUCAUGGAGAACGAUAUUGAUUGGUUGGGCCCUGUCGCCACCACGGGUUGCAUGAAGGCGGGUCGGUUGAUCUACAAGGCUCUUGGGGCCCCUGAUGCCAUGGGCUUUGACCUCACCGGUGGUCACUCGCACUGUCAAUUCCCGUCGUCUUCGCAGGCUGCGCUUACGGGGUACAUCAACACUUACCUCUUGGGCCAGGGCACUCCUCCGACUGGUAUUGAGAAGAGCUCUGCUACUGUCAAUAUGGCUGACUGGGUUGACUGGACCCCUCCCACUCUUACCUAG